AUGUCUGCUCCUCUCCGUACUCUUGGCCGAGAUGGUCCUCAAGUUAAUGCUGUGGGCCUUGGCCUCAUGAGCAUUGGCGGUGUCUACGGAAAAGCAGGCUCCCUCGACGAGACAGUAGCCUUUCUUGAUCAUGCCCAUUCCACCGGCCAACGAUUCUGGGAUACCGCCGAUGUCUAUGGCGAAAGCGAAGAUAUUAUCGGCGAAUGGUUCAAGCGAUCUGGCAAACGGAGCGACAUCUUCCUUGCCACCAAGUUUGCGCUAACGUUCACCGCCACCGGCAUCGAAGUCCGAUCUGACCCUGAGUAUAUCAAGGCUGCUUGUGAGAAGAGCUUGAAGAGACUUGGUAUUGAGACCAUUGACCUGUACUAUUGUCACCGUGUGGAUGGAAAGACUCCCAUUGAAAAGACCAUUGAGGCGAUGGUUGAAUUGAAGAAUAAGGGAAAGAUCAGAUAUCUUGGAUUGUCCGAGUGCUCAGCUGCAACUCUGCGUCGCGCUCAUGCUGUUCACCCCAUCAGUGCCUACCAGGUGGAAUACAGUCCCUUUGCUCUUGAUAUCGAGAGCAAAACCACCGACGUACUUAACACCUGCCGCGAUUUGGGAAUCGCCGUGAUUGCUUAUAGUCCGAUUGGACGCGGUAUCUUGUCUGGCGAGAUCAAGUCAUCCGCCGACAUUCCCGAUGGCGAUUUCCGCCAAAUGCUACCCAAGUAUUCCCAGGAGAAUUUCCCUCAGAUCUUGAGCUUGGUAGAAGGAUUGCAGGGUAUUGCCAAGGCCCAUGACAGCACCACGGCCCAGGUUGCUCUCGCAUGGUUGCUGGCUCAGGGUCCGGACAUCAUCCCCAUUCCCGGAACUAAGUCGACAUCUCGAAUGGACGAGAAUGCCGCUUCUGCUCUGCUCAAAUUGAGCGAUAAGGAAGUGUUGGAAAUACGUGAGCUUGUUGAGCGCACUGAGAUCCCUGGUGCUCGUUAUCCGGAAGUGCUGAACGGAGCUACUUUAGCCGAUACUCCGGCAUUAUGA